UCUGUACGUUUUGUAAGAAGAACGGACACACUAGGAAAUUUUGCUAUCGUCUUACUAAUCGUAGUCCGCGUAAACCUAAACAAAGUGUUAAAUUUGUUGAUUCUCCUAAACCUUCUUCAAGUGGCAACGGUCUUUUUAAGCGUUUGAAGAAGGACUUGCACAGUGACGACGACGAUAUGGCCUGCAUGAUGAUUUCGUCUGUCAACAAGAUCAACGAACCGUGUUAUGUUGAACCUCUCCUGGAAAACAGACGUAUGACCAUGGAGAUUGAUUGUGGAUCAGCCGAGAGUGUUAUCUCUGAGGAUUUGUUUAACAGAAACUUUCGUAAUCUUGUCGUUAAGCCUUGUAACAAGCGGUUAGUAGUGAUAGACGGCAAGAGGCUGACUGUGUUGGGAAAAGUGACGGUAAAUGCUCGUUUAGAUGGUGUGCAACAACAAUUGGAUCUUGUCAUCUUGCGUUGCGAGAUGGAUUUCAUCCCGCUCAUGGGAAGGACAUGGCUGGACGUCUUCUACAGCAACUGGAGAUCAGCUUUUUCACGACCAUCUUUACCUGCACAAGGUGUGCAUGCUGUCGAGAAUGAUAGUGUUGUUGUUGAUUUGAAGAAUCUCUCUUGGCGGCAGAGUACUUUCGGCGCAUAAACGCCAAAUCAAAAUUCCGCAGAAUACUCGCCGGAAACAACCCAACAUUGUUUUCCGCAGAGAGAGUUUUUCCAAAUCGCAACCACCACCAACCAGCAAGCGGCGCAGAGAGCAUGAGUUUGAAGAUUCCGACAAUGAUUCGGAUUUUUAUGGAUUCGCAGCAGAGUCCUCGAUUUUCGAAGAUGAUCCGAUGGGUGAAUCGUCACUGUCGGAAGAAGUUGAUCAGCGGCAGCCGGUACGAGAAACACGGCCGAUCCGGAGGUCUACGAGGCAGAUUAAGAAGAAACAAAAGUGGAUUUCAAAUAUUUUUAAUUAGUCAAGUGAAUUUGCGCUAGGAAUUAAUUAUUAGCAUACUGAAUUUAGUUUGUUGGAAUUCAUUUUCUUUCAAGAAAUAAGAAGAUUUUAAACACAUUUUAGUGUAUUCGAUUUAUGUAUGAAGUUUUUUAAGGGAAAAGGAGUUGUGAUGUCCAGCGCCACUCACUCUCUCAGCACUCUCAUGAGUGCUCUCGUCUGAACCAACCUAAAUUGUACAUUCCACAGAAAUAUAUGCUCUCUCUCAACUAGACUACCAACGCGA